CUAAGCCAGCUCAGCUUCACACCUGUGGAGCGUCACCUGGAGCUGUACUCACCAGGUUGGGUUCUGGUUCUGAAUCAGGAAUGAAGCAUGUGUUCCUCUCAUCCAGGUGAGCCCACCUGCUGCAGACCCAACAUGGCUUCUGAGGAGUCUCCUCCCGGUGAGGAGCAGGUGAAGAGGAGCAGCAGGAGGCAGCAGAAGAAGGUGGAGGACCGGACGUGGGCCGGUCACAGAGCGCUGCAGGCCGGCCGGCCGCAGGACGCGCUGCGCUGCUUCAAGCAGGCGCUGCASGCSGCUGCACAGCUGCAGGACUCGCGGGUUGUGCGCUCCUGCUCCUUCAACCUGGGCGCCGCCUACGUGGAGGCGGGCCGACCUCAGAGAGGACUGGACCUCCUGCGCCGGAACCGACCCGGUCCGAAAGCGGAACGGCUCCCAGACCUGCAGUUCAACACGGCGCUGGCCCACAAUGCACUGGGGCAGUACCAGGAGGCCGCCGCCCACUUCCUGCGGGCUGCUCAGCUUUACCGGUCGCAGGGAGACGGAGGGAGUGAGGGCGACGCCUGCAUGGAGCUGGGCCGCUGCUGCAGCAGAACCCAGGACUGGCCCCAGGCGGUGCAGAGUUUCCUCCGCGCAGCAGAGAGUUUUAAAAUGGCCUCCAUGUUGGAUUCUGCAGCCGCCGCCCUUAAAGAGGCAGGAAGUCACAUGGUCCAAUCAGAUCUGUCCAACCAUGAUGACAUCAGCAGCGUGCUGACAGAGUGUCUGCGUUUGAGCAGCAGUGUCGGCAACCCGAGCAUUCUGGGUGAGCUGUACCUGUCGGUGGGCGUGGCCUACUGCCGCAUCAGGUGCUUCCAGGAAGCGGUGGCCAGCCUCCGACGAGCCGUGGAGCCUGCAGCUCGCCGCCCCCCCCUGCUGGCCAAAGUGCUGCACAACCUGGGAGCGGCACUGAAUGCCGCGGGCGACUUCAGCUCGGCGUUGGAGUGGCACCGGCUGGCCGCGCAGCUCUACGGCUCUCAAGGUUGCCGUGGUGAUCAGGCUCGAUGUUUCAGUAACCUGGCCAUYGCGUCCAGUCACCUGGGGGAUGACCAGGAGGCUGCAGAGAGCUUCAUCCUGGCUCUACAGGGAUUCAGAGACACAGGCGACCGCCUGGCCGAGGUCCAGGUGUGUGAGCGUCUGGCUGAGUGUUACCUGAGGCAGGAGAAGCUGCAGAAAGCCGUUGAGCUCUACAAACAGGCUCUGAGCGCGCUCGCUCACUGUAAGGAGGAUGAAGGUGUUCAAGACCGGCUGGUGGAGCGUCUGACCUCAGCUCUGCAGCUCAGCCUGACUGUGACGCAGAGGCCACGCCCCAACAGGCCCCGCCCACAUCUAGCCCAGCCCCACAGCUCACCUGGUCACCAGGACGUCAGGUUCAGGAAGCUUGACGUGGCACGUCUGGCAGCCAAUCAGCAUUUAGAUGAGCAAAGGGCAGAGUCUCCAGGAGCAGAAGCUGAGAAGAUUAUUGAAACAAACUCUUUGUGUUUCAGUGAAGCUUCUUCACCUGAGCAGGUGGAUUCCCCCCCCACCUGCUCCGGUGAUCUCAGGAAGUCGGGUUCACCUGAGGCCAGUAGGAAGUCCCGCCUCUGUACUCUGAUGUAGCCUUCUGAUUGGACAGUGGACUGAUGAUGUCAGACAAUCAGGAUUAAGAUGUUUCAUCACAUGACCUUCAUGCAGCUCUGCAUCCAUCAUGGCUUCCUGCUGCAGAUUUAGCUCCCGGCACCCAGGUAACCUGGUAACCUGGUUACCAGGUUACCUGCUUACCUGGUAACCUGUCCCCCUUUUCCACUGGCUCUAAACGUCCCGCCUCGGCUGCUUUGUGAGCUUUUCCACCGGCCUUUUUCAAGACCAACCGGCUUUUAGUAAGGUCGGGCCGAGUCGGGUCGGGUUGCUGAAGUAGAGCCGACGGAAAAGAGGCCCAGGUAACCUGGUCAAACCCAGGUUACCAGGUUACCAGGUUACCUGGGUUUGAAUCUGGGAGUCAGAUAAAAAUGUUGUAUUUUGUAAUUCCCAGAGGAUUUUCUAAAAACUGGAAGCAGGCCGGCCACCAGGGGGCGCUGUGUUGUUGUUUUCCCCAUUACAGCUGCAGCAGCUGCAGACGGCGCCACCUAGCUGUCUGUUGCUGCCAUGUUGCUGAAAAUGUGCUAUAAAUAAAAUGACCUUAUAAUCAGCACAGAACAUUUAUAACCGAUUGAGUUUGUAAACAUUUCAAACGUUGGGAGAAAUUUGAUCUGAAACGUUUCACACUAAAUGGAGCAACUAUUCAUAAUAAACACUGGAUCAGAACCGGAACCAGGAGAGGUUCUGGUUCUGGUGGCGUCUGCAGCUUCCUGGACCCAGAUGGUUCUGAUGUUUAAUUCAUUCACACCUGAUGCUGCAGGAGGAAGACGAUGAGGAAGAG